CGACAAUCCCAGGGGAUGGAAAAAGAAGUGAGUCGAGUUCCAGUGUUUGUUUGGCUGUACUUCUUGUGUGUGAAAAUGCCUGCGAGUAAUAGCUUUUGGUCCAAUGUGGAGCUUCAAACGUUCCUCACCAUCAUCGGAGAUAGCAACAUUCAGGCCGAGCUGGAUGGGAUGAUAAGAAAUGAGAAAGUCUUCAAAGAAGUUUCUCAGCGCAUGGCAGCUGAAGGAUUCCAGCGCACCUCCGAGCAGUGUCGUGCUAAGCUGAAAAAAAUGAAAGCCCACUACAGAAAAGUUAAGGACAGCAACGGCCGUAGUGGGAAUGGGCGAAGUACAUGGAAGUGGUACGAUGUGGUGGACGCUAUUUAUGGACACAGACCGUCAAACCGAGGCAGCGAAGGAGGCCUGGACUCAGCGACCAGUAUCCUGGAGUCACUCAUAAACCCUGUUGACACAUCUGAAGCGGAAAACACUCCCUCUUCAGAGGAACCAUCCACUUCCUCAAGUAGCACUCCAGGACCUUCUGUGCCACCAUCACCUCUGUCCAUACCUUCUGUGCCACCAUCGCCUCGGCCAAUUCCAUCGCCACCACCAUCACCUCUGUCCACUACCACUCGAGAGGAACAUCUACCAUGUCGUCGACGCACAGGUGACCGAAGACGGCGAUUGGAAGCACGAACACAGGUGAUAUUUGAUGAGUUGCAGAUCGCAGAUGGCAGGCAGAUGGACAGAAUGGAAGGCAUAAGCCGGGAGCAGGUUAACUGGAUGCAACAAGACGCAGCAGCAGCAAGGGAACAUGAAUUACAGAUCGCAGAGCGAUAUUUUGAACAUUUGGGUGCCCUAAAUGCUGUUCUUGGACUGGUCGCACAAAGAAUGGGCAGCUCCUCUGACUUCCUGCCACCACCCAGGCAGUAAGGAGCUAUGUAUUUGUCCCGUAAUUUUUUUUAUCCGUCUGUCCUUUUUAUCAAUAAAUUUUCAAAGAAAA